AUGGGUGUGGACGGGAGCCUGCACCUACCAACUGGCAUCCUAGUGGCCAGCGGUGCCAUCAGGGCUGAGGACCGAGUUCGAAGACAGUGGACACAGCGCAAGGGCACGAAGGAGGAGCCUUCAGAUCGCAGUGGUCUGCUGACCUCCAGCAGCUGCAUAAAGCUUUCUGAACGUUCAGUUGGCGCGGUGAAUCUGUCACGCUUCGUGUUCGCCGGCUCCGUGGAGCCGCUGCAGACACGGCGAAGCCGGCCUUGCUCCUGCCCUCAGGGAGGUUGCAGUCUGCGGCAAGGCAGCCAGCUGAACCUCAAUGACCAUUUGCUGGGCCACUCUCCAAGCUCUACAGCCACAAGUGGGCCCGGUGGAGGCGGCCGGCACCGUCAGGCCAGCCCCCUGGUGCACCGGCGGGACAGCAACCCCUUCACCGAGAUCGCCAUGAGCUCCUGCAAGUACAGCGGCGGGGUCAUGAAGCCCCUCAGCCGCCUCAGCGCCUCCCGCAGGAACCUCAUAGAGGCCGAGCCGGAGGGCCAGCCCCUGCAGCUCUUCGGUCCCAGCAACGCCCCCGAGAUCGUCAUCUCCUCCAGGGAGGACAACCAUGCCCACCAGACCCUGCUCCAUCACCCCAAUGCCACCCACAACCACCAGCAUGCCGGCACCACUGCCAGCAGCACCACCUUCCCCAAAGCCAACAAGCGGAAAAACCAAAACAUUGGCUAUAAGCUGGGACACAGGAGGGCCCUGUUUGAAAAGAGAAAGCGACUCAGUGACUAUGCUCUGAUUUUUGGGAUGUUUGGAAUUGUUGUUAUGGUGAUAGAAACCGAGCUGUCUUGGGGUUUGUACUCAAAGGUAGGGGCUGUGGUUUCUUUAUACCUUAAACAGAAGGGAUAUGUCGGUGUGGGGAGAGGGAGAGACUGGGGGAGCUUGGGGGAGAGUGACAGAGGUGUGUGUGUGUGGGAGAGGCACUGUCCAGUUGGAUGGAACACUCUUAACUUCCCAUGGCUCUCUUCCUGAUCUUGGGAGAAUUCAUUCCUCACUUCCUUUUCAGGGGGCUCCCCAUGCCCUGGGUCUGAUUGUAGACUGUUAGGGAGGAUUAAAGAAUCCCUUCUGAGACAUCAUUUUUCCUCCUGGCUCACUUGUACUAAAGCAUAACCCAGCAGCUUAACGCACCAAUUAAUUACACUCUACCGUGAUGUGUUUGCCAGUUCCUGCGACUUCCCUUCUCUCCUCCCCUCCCUGCUCCACUCCAUUUUCCCCAGGAUAAAAAAGAAAUAAAUGUCUGGGUGGGGGUGGGGAUU